AUGGAUUCCCCCCGGCUGUGCUCGCUGCUGAUCCUCGUUGUCGGGCUCUUCACGAUCAGCGAAUCCACAGACUUUUGCGGCAGCAUGGACAUCCGGAACGACGUGUCGCAGCUCCGUAAGUUGGAGAACUGUACGGUUAUCCAAGGCAACCUCCAGAUACUGCUCAUGUUCAGCACCAAGCCUGAGGACUUCCGAGGCCUAAGCUUCCCCCGUUUAACCAUGAUCACCGAGUACCUUCUCCUCUUCCGCGUCUACGGCUUGGAAAGCCUCCAAGAGCUUUUCCCCAACUUGUCCAUCAUUCGGGGCACGGACCUCUUCUUCCAUUACUCCCUGGUGAUCUUCGAGAUGCCGCAUCUGAGGGAGAUCGGGCUUAGCAGCCUCACCAACAUAGUGCGGGGGGCUGUCCGCAUUGAGCGGAAUCAGGAGCUCUGCCACAUCUUCACCAUUGACUGGUCGCUGUUGUCUAAGAACAUGGAAAACAAUUACAUUGUGGGCAACAACCCCAUCGAGGAAUGUACGGACGUCUGUCCCGGGAUCCUGGACUCCUCAUGUGUGAAGACUGUCAUCAAUGGUGUGGAGGAACCUCGCUGCUGGACAUCUCGUCACUGCCAAAAAGUGUGUAAUUGCGGCACGGAGAUUGCCUGCACCAGCUCCGGAGAAUGUUGCCACAGUGAAUGCUUGGGAGGGUGCAGCAAGCCAGGAGACAGCGGGGCCUGCGUGGCUUGUCGAAAUUUCUUCUUCGAAGACCAGUGCUUGGCUUCGUGUCCGGCCAACACCUACGAGUAUGAGGGCUGGCGCUGCAUCACAGCAGAGUACUGCGCCAGCCUGAGGAAAGUCUCCGAGAGCCCACGGGAGUCUUCCAAGUUUGUCAUUUACAAGAACCACUGUCUCUCGGAGUGUCCACCGGGAAUGUCCACCAAGAAUGAAAGCAGCUUCGUGUGCCACAAGUGUGAAGGCCUCUGUCCGAAGGUGUGCAAAGUGGGGACCAAAGCCAUAGAUUCCAUCCAGACUGCCAAGGAACUGACGGGCUGCACAUACCUUGAAGGGAGCCUCAUCUUCAACAUCCGCAGAGGAAAUAACCUGGCUGUGGAGCUUCAGAGAAGUUUGGGUCGCAUCGAGACCAUUACAGGCUUCUUGAAAAUCAAGCACUCCUUUGCUCUGGUCUCGCUCUCGUUUCUUAAAAACCUAAAACUCAUCAGAGGGGACUUCAUGGUGGAUGGGAAUUAUACUUUGUAUGUCUUGGACAACCAGAACCUUCAGCAGCUCUGGGAUCCCAACCACGAUAGUCUCUCCAUCCCUGUGGGAAAGCUGUACUUUGCUUUCAACCCUAAGCUGUGCCUGUCAGAGAUUUAUCAUACCGAGGACCUAACGGGAACAAAGGGAAGGCAGAACAAGGCCGAUAUCAAUCCACGCACCAAUGGAGACCGGGCUUCCUGCAACACUCACACUCUGAAGUUCGUCGCCAACGUAACAGAAUCCGACCGCAUCUUCCUAAAAUGGGAACGAUAUAGGAUGCCGGAACCUCAAGACUUGCUGAGCUUCAUUGUUCACUACAAAGAAUCUCCCUUUCAGAACAUAACCGAGCACCUGGCCCAUGACGCCUGUGGAGCCAACAGCUGGAACGUGGUAGACGUGGAGCUGCCUUUAAACAAUGAGCAGGAACCGAGUGUCACGCUGAUGAACCUGAAACCGUGGACCCAGUACGCCAUAUACGUCCGAUCCAUCACCCUCACCACUGCCGAGGAAGGGACGAACUUUGGAGCGCAGAGUGACGUGGUUUACAUCCGAACCAGGCCGGCAGCCCCAACUGUUCCCCAGGACGUUAUGAUCAUGUCCAACUCCUCAUCCCACCUGAUUGUCCGCUGGAAACCUCCGACACAACGCAAUGGAAAUAUCAGCUACUACCUGGUCCUCUGGCAACAGUUAGAAGAAGAUCAGGAGCUGUACCAUAAUGACUACUGCACCAAAGGUCUGAAGCUUCCAACCAGCAGCGCCGAUACCAGGUUUGACAGCGACUAUGAAGACAACAUGGAUUCGGAGGAUAAGUGCUGCCCGUGUCAGAAAAAUGGCGGCCAGCUGCUAGACCUGGAUGAGGAAUCCUUUCAGAAGAAGUUUGAGAACUUUUUAAGGCACACCAUUUUCAUUCCCAAGCCUCCUUGGAAGGUGACUUUAAUCAACAAGGAUAAACAAAGGUCUCCUAGAAGGAGAAGAGAUGUAUUGUUGGGUGGAGAUGGUCACGGAAACGCUUCAUUCGUAGAGGGCGCCAUCAGUCACGCCAACAACACCGGCGCGGAAUUCAAGCCGUACACCUAUAAGGACAAGAUCUUCCGCGAGAGAAUGGUCAUCUCCAACCUCCGGCAUUUCACCCAGUACCGCAUUGACAUCCACGCCUGCAACCACGCGUCUCAGUAUACCGCGAGCUGUAGCUCCCUAUAUACUGAGCUUAGGGUGACGGGAGGACCUCUUGCCGACAACAUUGCCGGUAAUAUAUCCUGGCACCCCUCUGGCCACACCGCCAUCUUUAUGGAGUGGGAGGAGCCGCCCAAUCCCAACGCCUUAAUCCUGAAAUAUGAGAUCAAGUACAAGAUUGAAAACGAGGAAGGUCCGUCGACUGUCGUGUGCGUCUCCCGGCAGAAGUUUAAAAAGCACAAAGGUGUCUUCAUCAACGUGGCACAGCCCGGCAACUAUUCUGCUCGGAUCAGAGUGACGUCCUUGGCGGGCAAUGGGUCGUGGACGGAACCCAUUGUGUUUUCUGUACGGUUUCCAGAGAAAGAGGCCUCUGAGACUUUAUAUCUGCUGCUCAAAGUCAUGCCUAUUAUCCUCCUGCUGAUCAUAGCCUGCCUGGCCACCUUCAUCUUCUUCUACAACAAGAAGGGAAAGAAUGACGGCUACCCAAAUGGGACCUUGUACGCGUCGGUCAACCCAGAGUAUUUCAGCGCAUCGGAAAUGUACAUUCCGGAUGAGUGGGAAUUCCCAAGAGAGAGCAUCACCAUCAUGAAGGAGCUUGGACAAGGUUCUUUUGGCAUGGUAUAUGAAGGUGUUGCCAAGGAAAUUGUGAAGGGGGAGCCCAUGACCAGGGUCGCCUUGAAGACCGUCAAUGAGCUGGCCAGCAUGAGGGAGAGGAUAGAGUUUCUGAACGAAGCAUCCGUUAUGAAAGCCUUUCUUUGUCACCAUGUGGUCCGUCUGCUCGGCGUUGUGUCACAAGGGCAACCGGCUAUAGUCAUCAUGGAGCUGAUGACCAGAGGGGACCUCAAGAGCUACUUGCGUGUUUUAAGGACGGAGGAGAACAAAAAAAAUGUGACUCCGCCAUCCUUGAAAGAGAUGUUACAGAUGGCUGGCGAGAUCGCUGAUGGUAUGGCCUAUCUGAACGCAAAGAAAUUUGUGCAUCGGGAUUUGGCAGCGCGGAACUGCAUGGUGUCUGAGGACCUUACAGUGAAGAUAGGAGACUUUGGCAUGACGAGAGAUAUCUAUGAAACGGACUACUACCGGAAAGGUGGCAAGUCCCUGCUUCCUGUACGAUGGAUGUCUCCCGAGUCUCUAAAAGAUGGUAUCUUCAACCCGCACUCAGAUAUUUGGUCAUUUGGUGUGGUCCUGUGGGAAAUUGCCACUUUAGCAGAGCAGCCAUAUCAGGGCAUGGCCAAUGAGCAAGUCCUCCAUUUUGUUAUGGACAACGGAAUUCUGGAAAAACCGGAAAAUUGUCCCCUUAGACUACACAAGUUGAUGCGUUGGUGUUGGCAGAAGAAUCCCAAGAACCGGCCAUCCUUUAUUCAGAUCCUGGAGAGUAUUAAAGAUGACCUGAGGCCCACUUUCCGGGAGGUCUCCUUCUUCUACACCGGCUACCAUAAACAUCGGGAGUCUACGGAGGUCUCCGACACUGAAGCUGACCAGUGUCAGAAGACCCUUUUGGAAAACCCGCCUUCCCCUUCCUUCUCCAACUUUUCAUCUUUAUCCCGCGUUCAGCAGGACAACGCCUUGCAUGUCAUAAACACAAAAAGGGAUUCUAGUUCGAACUCUCACCACAUGAAUGGGAGUGCAAACCACUGA